AUGACUCUUCCAUCGCCGUCAACGUCGCCGUCGUCGCCCACGGGUGGCAUCGAGCUCAAAAAUGCGACUCAAGUGCUUGAGCAAGAACAGCCGCCGGAAGCUGUGGAUGCGUACCAGAACCCCUGGCACACGAUCUUCGACCGCGGCGAUAUGCGGCGACUGGGGAAGAAGCAAGAGUAUAGAAGAGUCUUCGGCCCUCUCGCUACUUUCGGCUUUAUCUCGAUGUAUCUCUGUACCUGGGAGUACAUCCUCGUCUCCGUUUCCGGCGGACUGAUCAAUGGAGGGUUUGGAGGACUUGUAUGGGAAUACAUCUUCACCGCUUUCGCUUUCGGCUCAGUCGUGAUUACGAUGGCGGAAAUGACAUCCAUGGCUCCAACGUCGGGCGGACAGUAUCAUUGGAUAUCCGAAUUCAGCCCGCCUCGCUAUCAGAAAUAUCUCAGCUACGCAGCUGGCUGGACAUCUGCGCUCGGAUGGCUCACGGGAAAUGCGAGUGGCUACUUCAUCAUGUCAACUCUCGUUGAAGCGCUCGUCGAGGUAUACGAUCCCUCGUGGAGUUUCACGAAUUGGCAGUCAACGUUGGUGAUGAUAUUCUUCCUCAUAACGACGAUCUAUUUCAAUACCUGGGGAGCGAGGCUGUUGCCUGCGAUUGAGGUUGUGUCUCUGGUGUUCCAUCUGGCUGGAUUUGUUAUUACGAUCGUACCUCUCUGGGUUUUGGCGCCGAAGAACUCGGCUAGCGAUGUUUUCGGACCAGUUGUCAAUGGAGGUGGUUGGAGUAGUGCUGGCACUUCGUUUUUGGUGGGGACGAUAACAAUCCUUUUCUCGAACUUGGGACCGGACGCCGCUGUUCAUAUUGCCGAAGAAGUAAAAGAUGCCGCUGUCGUUAUUCCGUGGGCUAUGGUCGUGAGCUAUUUCCUCAAUGCAGCCCUCGGAUUCGCAAUGAUGAUCACAAUGCUAUUCACCGUUGGCAGCCUCGAAGAUGCGAUAAAUGCAUCCUCACCCUUCCAGAAUUCAUUUGCGAAUACUGGAUCCACGGGCGUCAACGUUGCGCUCACAGUCAUUCUGGCCCUUCUCAUCGGGGCUGCAAACAUCACAUCCCUUGCAACCACUUCCAGGGAAGUCUGGGCAUUUGCAAGAGACGGAGGCACCCCAGGCCACCGUUGGAUCUCAAAAGUCCACCAUCACCAAAACGUUCCCUUCAACGCCGUCCUCAUCACCUCCUUCCUCUCCUUCAUCCUCUGCUUAAUCCAACUCGGCAGCACAGUAGCCUUCAACAUCAUAAUCUCGCUCAAUCUAAUCGCUUUUCUCGGCACCUACCUGAUCUCCAUCGGCUGUCUCCUUCUCAAACGCUUCCGACACGAACCUUUACCACCCGCGCGCUUCAGUCUCGGUCGCUGGGGUCUGCCGGUCAAUUUGUUCGCGUUCUUUUACUCGCUGCUUACCUUCGUGUUUAGCUGUUUCCCAGUCAGCGUGCCGGUCGACGCGAGUACUGCAAAUUGGGGGCCUGCUAUCUGGGGCGGCGUGCUGGGUAUUGCAUUGGUGUCGUACCUGGUGCAGGGGAGGAGGGAUUACAAGGGUCCGGUUGUCUUUGUAGCAGGGGUCAGAAAGGAAGGGAUGGGGUUGCAAACGGCGUAA